AUGAACCAGCAGCGAGGCGCCGAUGCCUACGGCCCCCGUCCUUCCAACCCCGCUGGAACUCCUGACACGCGAAACGGUUCUCUCGGAAGGAUCAGCGGCAGACUCGGUGAUGAUGCUAUGAGCAACCAAGACCGUGCUGCUCGCUUCGAGGAUGAGAAGAAGAGGAUAAUCGAGAGCUGCUUCGCGAAGCGCGAUCCCGAUGGCACCCAACUAGAAUCGUAUAUAACACAUGUGCGCAUCACCGAGGAUGCCAUGUACCCUUCAUCUCCACCUCCACCGAACUCCCCUGCGGCCAACAAAAAGAACAGAGUUAUCCUCGUCGCCGUACGAAGAUCUGGCAAAGUUCGCGUCCACAAGGCGCGUGAGAAUCCCAAUGGCUCCUUUUCCAUCGGCAAGACCUGGAACCUAGACGAGCUCACCGCGAUCCAGUCAUACGUGGCAUAUGUACCAAGCAACAACCAAGAGAGUAUGGAGAAGCAAUGGGCUGGCGGUACAGGCUUUCUCGCCAGUCUCGGCAAACCUUACUACUGGCAGGCAUCGACGCCCAAAGAGAAGGAUUUCUUUAUUGCGAGUUUGACGAAGAUCUUCAAGAAGUAUACUGGUGGUAAGUUGCCGCAACUAGUCGGAUUCGCUCCAUCGGAGCUGGACUUGCUCAAUAAUGGUACGCCGGGUACAACCCCGCUACUGAGGAAUCAUUCGCCAAACCCAAGCACCAGUCAAGGUCUUCCUACACCUGUGCCUACGCCUCCAUCGAUGCCUGCUGCUGCUACAUCAAGGCCGCAAUCUCCUCUAGCCGCACGGGCACCGAGUAGAGCCAUGAACCAGGCCGAUCCGGCUCGAGAUCGAGCAUACAGUCGCAACGAGUAUCGUCCUGGAACACGGCAAGGAGAUAGGAUUCCUUCUCAGGAGCCUGCCCAGUCACCGGCUCGCUACCAACUUCAGCCAGCACCGAACGAAGAUAUCGGAAAGCGUUCACUGGCUGAUCGGUCAUAUAACGAUCCACCUUCGAAACCACCUGCUCCGGCGGCCGAGAUGCCCAAGCCACUUCGUCCCUCGGCAAGCCCAAAAGCAUCUCCAGCAUCGCUGCCACAAGUUGAAAAGCGGCCAGAGACGCCAUCUGGAAGGGUCAAUGGGGUUCCGCUCCCAGUUAUGGCUCAAUAUGGUACCGGCAGAAGAAGUGGGCCUACAAAAAGUCAAGAAUCUAUUGGCGCCAUUAGCGACUACUCGAAUUCAUCUCGUCAAGCUACAGCUGCAGAUAGGCGCACGCCGGACUCUAUUCCGCCUGUUCCGCCAGUCCUUGAUGAUGCCCUACCGGGGGGUUUCCCACCACAAAUCGGCAGCAACAAAGACGCCAGCAACAGCCAGAGAUCAUUGCAGAGUACACCAGCAAGCCAAUUCGUCACCCCUCUCGGAACACCGGGGGCCAUCUCAAACGACGAGCCGCCUCUACAGAAGACGAAUCGUAUUGGAUCGCAGCCUGACAUCACAGCAGAGCCUGCGGAGUACACUUCAGAUAAAUCUGUCAAACGAAAUGAAGCCGAAGAGCUUGAUCGGAAACCUCCGUUUAAUCUUCAGCCUCCUCCCAUACCCAAUAGCUCCACCGAGCCUUCUGUUUCGGCGGUAAGCUCGCCAGAAGCCGCCACGCGGUCAUCGGCGGGCGAACUGUCGCCGAAGAAGGAAGAGGAGUAUCGUCCUGGCCUCGGGCCUAUGAUUAAGAAGAAGUCCACCAAAGACAUCGCCAAUCAGUUUCGGAAAGCGGCACUGGCAGCUAGCGCCUUCCAGCCCCGACAGGGUGGUGCGGGCGCCCGGCUGAAAGCGCAACAAGAUAAGAACUCAAAUGAGCCUGAUGGCAUCACUGGCGUGGUGCCUGCACCAUUGUUCAGAGGAAUGAGUAGCGACAGCGUUGGCAGCCAAACACCUAGCGUGACAAGCCCUCUACCCGAAAAGGACAAGGAACGACCUCGAACGCCGCUGGCCAACGCAUUCCUCCCUAAAGUACACUUACAGCGCACAGCCACGGACGACAGUGUUAAGACUGCCGGCAGCGGCCCCAAACCUGUCGAUGCGCCACGAGAGCAGGGCAUUGCGGAACAGACAAACGCAGAGGCGACGGAGCAGACAAGGACUGCUUCACCCCAGCGUAAGCGCCGCCAGAAGCACGAGGCCGAGAUCGAGAAAUACUGCGCUGUCAUUGGCGUGGACCCGCGCGUGAUGGAGGGAAGGGGAGCAGAUUUCAACGAGAUACUGAGCGAAUUCGGCUGGGAAGGCAGGCUCUCGGAACGACAAAGGAUCGAAGACUUCGAGACAGCGAUUCGACGCGAGAAUGGCCGAGCGCAAGCAAGCGGCUGGCUAGGUCACGUCGAGCAACAAGAAGUCAGAGUUCAAGAUCUAUCCAAAGCCUUCGACAAAGCCAUAGCCGAAUGUGAGGAAAUGGACGGCCUCCUUACGCUGUAUUCUCACGAACUCGACACAUUGGCUGAAGAUAUCGAAUACAUUGAAGCUCAAUCUCAAGGUCUGCAGGUUCAGACUGCUAACCAAAAGCUGCUGCAGGCCGAGCUCCAUAGUUUGCUCAAGACACUUACGAUCUCUUCCUCGGAUCUCCGGGCCUUGCAAGCAGCGCCUCUUGAUUCCAAUGAUGGUGUUCAAGCCGUGGAGCAGGCACUGUUGAUGCUCUACCGAGCUCUCCUCACUAUUGACCCCGAGAUACGGCAAAACAAGACCCGGACUACUGCCACAGCCAGCAACGACCGGACAGGAGUUGGUGUCUAUGCCGAUCAGGAGAUUGGCCAGAUGCGAGCCGUUCGACAGAAGAAGGAAGAUUAUCGCGAAGAGACCCUACAGUUCCUCCGCCGCUUCAACCAGCACAUGACAACAAUGUUCAAGCAGGCUGAACAAAGGACCAGUGAGGAGAACUCUCGAAGUCUCGCCUCGAGUUCCGUAACUUCGCUCUCGCUCCCUGGCCUGCUUUCCUCACGCCAGGAUCUUUGGCAAUAUAACCCGAUGAUGUUGUUCGUCCGGGAAGUCAACAAUUACGAAUGGUCAACGCUGAUUUCUAGCUAUGAGAUCAAUAUCAAAGGUGCGUAUGUGGAAAAUUUCCGCGACCAUUUGGCAAGUCAGAAGAAGGGAGCAAGGGCUCCCACUGGCGAGGAGAGCGAAAUCUUGUUCACACAUCAAGAGAAGGAUAAAGCGGACGACUCAAUUGCGUCCACGGCUGCCCGGAGACUCACUGUUAAACGAGGCAAGACCGUUAAAACGGGCGCGCUCCGGCAGACAUUUGGCGAGAAGCGCGACAGUAAACCUGAUGCGUGGGAGGUAUUCGACAAUGUGCUGCAAGAGCAGAGUAAGUUGAUCGCGGAGGAGCAAAACUUCAUUGUGCAUUUUUUCCACCUCAACUCUCAAUCCAACGUUGAUUUCCUUGACAACAUCAGCUCCAAAGCGCCCAGCCAAAGAUCGCUGCCCAGUCUGAGCACACAACUACCGUAUGAUCCUGAUCGCGACCUUGCCAAGCAAGUGCAGUCAACUGUUGAAGGCAUCUACUCAUUCUGGGCGACUGAUCUUCAAGCAAUGAUGGAGUGGGUACUCCGUAAUGAUCAACUGCAAGGUGUGGGUGUUUUGUGUGCUCUCGAGAGAGGAAUCUCCCUUUACGAAGAGACGAACCAAGAGUACAUCACACGGACACUACGGGCACUACACGACCGUCUCACCGGUCUCUUCCACAAGUUUAUCGAGGACCAGGUCAAGGCUGUCGAAGAGACCAAAGUCAAAGUCAGCAAGAGAAAGGGCGUUAUCCCGUUCAUGCGGACGUUCCCAGUCUUCAGCGCAGCCGUUGAGAGUAUGAUCCCUCAGGAGUUCUACCACAACGAGAGCCUCGAGCUGCGAUUCAUUCUCAACGACGCCUAUGGAAAGAUUCUCAAAGCGAUGUGGGAGUCAUUGAGCUUCAUUGCCAAGGAUAGCCCGGGCAGCGGCAGCGGUCCAGCACAAGGUGGUGCUCCCACGAACGACCCGGAAGACAAGGAGGCGCUGAACUAUCACAUCUUGUUGAUUGAGAACAUGAACCAUUACAUGGAGGAAGUGGAAACUCAUCAGAACGUGGUGCUGCAGGAGUGGCGCGAUCGAGCUGAGCACGACCUGUACAAACACCUUACGCAGUAUACUGAUGCUGUCAUUCGCCGACCGCUUGGGAAGUGGUUGGACUUUCUGGAGAGCACCGAAGCUCUGAUGAAGACGCAUGACAGCCUCGCAACCAUUUCGAACAAGCCUAGUCACAGCAGGAGCUCGGCCAAGAAAAUCCUCAGCAGCUACGACGCGAAAGAGGUCCGCAAAGGCGUCGACACGCUCAAGAAACGCAUUGAGAAGCAUUUCGGAGACGUGGACGACCCAACCAAUUUGAGCAAGGGCCUGAUUGCUCGCGUGUUUGAGGAAUGCAACGUGCGGUACGCUCACGCCCAUGACAGGAUGGCAACGAUUGUCAGCCAGGUGUAUGACAACAGCUUGGAAAUUGAAUGGCGUAAAGAGGAAGUGGCAACAUUGCUCGCCAAGAGGUAG